GGAUGCAAACUGUUUGAUAGUUUCAGGGAACAUUCCUCCACCCGGAUGCUCCUCCUCCUCCUCCUCUCUCCACACGGUGUCAGCUCCCUCUGAAAGCUGCUCCACCACUUUCUAAAGAAGGAGAACAACAUGGCAGACUCAGCCGUCCAAUCUGACGCAGGAAGCGGCGGGAUUGUGAUUAAGGAUGACUGGCCAGGCUACAGUUUAGAGCUCUUCAGCUAUCCAGCUCACUACACUGGAGCUUUAGACUGUGUCUUCAUCCCUCAUGGCGUCAUUAUGGACAGGACAGAACGUCUGGCUCGAAACAUCAUGGAUGACCUGGGGGACCAUGACAUCGUGGUGCUGUGCGUGCUGAAAGGAGGCUACCAGUUCUGUGCCGACCUGGUGGACCGGAUCAAGGCGCUCAGCCGCAACUCCAACCGCACCCUCCCCAUGAGGGUCCACUUCAUCCGGCUCAAGAGCUACCUGAACGACCAAUCGACGGAGGAUCUUCACAUAGUCGGAGCAGAGGAUUUGUCCUUUUUAGCUGGAAAGAACGUACUGAUUGUGGAGGCCAUUGUAGGCACCGGAAAAACAAUGAAGACUCUCCUGAAGCAUGUUGAAGCCUUCAGGCCCAAAUUGAUCAAAGUAGCAGGAUUGCUGGUGAAGCGAGUGCCACAUAACGCGGCGUGUCUUCCUGACUAUGUCGGCUUUGAGAUACCCGAUCGGUUUGUGGUUGGAUAUGCCUUAGACUACAAUGAGUAUUUUAGAGACUUAGAUCAUAUCUGUGUGAUCAGCGAAAGCGGGAAGACAAAAUACAAGGUUUAAAAAGAGGCCUGCAAAAGGAAGCGACUGUCUCACAGAUGUCAUCUAACAUGCAAGCCUGAACAUUUUCCCCGAGAUGCCAUUCACUUACAGCUGCUAUCGUGACAUUUGAUCUCAAGCAUCCCCUGUUUUGUUAUAACAUUCCUUCUAUGAAACGUUAAUCUGUUUUAACAAUAGACACUGACAUUUAACUGGUAAUUUUAGCAAAGCAAGCACAUGCUUUACCAUGUUUUUAAAGUUGCAACUUCAUUCUUUGUGUUUACAGAAGUUAUUCAUGUGGAAAAUGUUUAAUGCUAGGGUACUGCUACUGUUUGCCUUUUGUUAGUGUGACUAACACAGAUGUCAUCUCAAUUUAACUUCUUGUAUGCAAAUGUAAAGAACUUGAUAAUCAUGACCUGUAUUAAUGUGAGAGAUUGCUUUAUGUGUGUGAUUAGGUAACAAAGGAAACUUUUAAAAUGAAAGGAACUUGUUUUAUUGGGAAAUAAGUGCCUGAAUUUUUACAUUUUCUUCAUCUUUUCAUUGCCUUUUUGGUGUUUCAUUAGUUAGUUCUGUCACCUUUAAUGCUCAGGGGCAAACAAAGUAGUUUUGUAAACACUAAGUGCGCUAACUACCUCAUUUAGUUUUUUUUAGUAUUUGAGGUGUAGUGGGAUACUGUACUUUUGUCAUUUCUGUAUUUCCUUUUUUAUAAUUUAUCAUAUCAGUAAAGUAUUUUUUAGCAUUCCUGUGUUAAACAUCACUACAUUAUCCUCACAUUCUCUGUUGACUUACAAAAUGCAUUUUCAAAUGUUGAUAAAAUUAGUUUACAGUGGCGUCUUGGUCGAGCUUAGAAAUAGAAAAAACGUGUGUACCUUGUGUGUUUUUCUUAGGCUGAUGAUAUACAAAAGAGGGCUCUGAGUCAUUGAAACAUAAUAAAUGGUUUGUUUAAAUCA